AUGCCAAUUUUCCAGAAGAAGUUCGCACCAAAGAUUGCGCCACCGCGAGGCCAACGUCUCAACAUCGGUUGCCCGCCACCGGCGGAGGAUUUGGACGACUUCCGGUCCAUCUCGCUGAAUCUGGUCGACAAGCAGCUGUGCUUCAUCGAUGGCAUCUGGAUGAAUGGACUGAAGCCUACGGCGGGCUCCGCAUCAGCAGGCAUAAGCGGCCACAGCACCGACGACGUGUUGCGCAUGAAACGUCGCCUGAAAACGCUCGAGCAAGAGAACAACAUGCUGCAGGUGAAGCUGGAUGUGCUGGUGGAUCUGUUGACGGAAAAUGUGAUCGCACUGAACGAGGCUAAGAACCAAUAA